CAUAACCAUUUCUCUCUCCUUACUCUCCAACGGUCGAACAGAGUCAAGUUUAAUAAUAAUUCAAGGGAGUUGAAGGAACGGGUAGUAAAUGGAACGACGUUGAUUUGGGAUGGAUUACGGUUAGGGUUUCAAAGAUUUAAGUGUUUUUUUUUCCUGCUCUAUACUUCUUUUUCUCUCUCCAAAAGGGAAGCCCUAGAAAGACGCCGCCUUAUUCUCUUCGUCUCUUCCCAUCGAACUCCAAAGUGGGAAGUGUAGUUCAUUCGAAGAAGUCAACCCACAACAGUUCUCUCUGAUCGGCUUCUUCAACUUCAGGAUAAUGAAGAGGUGCCACAGCAGGUUUAGCAGUGUGGAAGCUGUGUCACACUGCGAUGAACUUGUAAAUGAGAUUUUACUUCGAUUGCCUCUAGAUGCCGUCUGCAAGUUUAAGUGUGUAUCAAAGACAUGGAACAGUUUGAUCUCUCAUCCUCUUUUCUGCAGCAAUUACCUUUCUCAAAGAAAGAAUUCUCUUCUCCCAUUGUUGGGAUUCUUUCGGAUUACUCUUGCUGCUCAAGAUUAUGGUGGGUCAACACUCGAAGUUUCAUUCCUACAAAAUUGUAAGGAAAGGAAAUUCAUAAGUUUGGAUAUCGUUGUAAAACGUUUGUUUAUUGAUGCUUCUCCUGAAGGCCUAAUACUAUGCCGUUUAGAAAGGUUUACAGUUUUCAAAUACUACAUUUGUAAUCCCGUAACAAACCAAUGGUUUGCUCUUCCUGAACCAAGACAUGCUCCAUCCUCGGCGGGUUUGUCUUGUGAAGAACGUAGCAGCAAAGAUGGUGAUGGUGUGGUGCAUUUCAAAGUAGUUGCAGCUAUUAUGGAAGUGGAAGAGGGAGCCACACAUGACAGAUUACAUAUAGAAACUUUCUCUUCUCGUACAGGCAAGUGGAGCGAAUCAUUUCUCACUUGUCCAUCUGCAUUUUCAUAUGAGGUGGAGAUGUCCUAUCAAUGUCUCUCAGUUGGUGGGAUGUUGUACUGGAAAGUUAGCGGUCAUUUGGUGGCUUAUGAUCCCCACAUGGGGGAAAAUAGUAUCUGGCUGAUAGAGUUGCCUCCUCUCUGUUGCAAAAAGAGAGAGGGAUUCUUUAUGGAUUAUAUAUUGGGACAUUCGUCGUCUUCGGAUGGUUGUCUUCUUCGGUUUGCCUUAAAUGAAAAACUGAUGAUCAAAGUUUGGGAGCUCAAAAAGAAGAUUUCUAGUUACAGUUUAUCUCGCGUCAUACCAAGCAGUGAAUGGGUGUUGAAGGAAGAAGUGAGUCAUGAGAAGUUGGGCAUCGGUAAUUCUCUUCCUCACAUUUGCUUCAUAGAAUUUCAUCCUCGCAAUGCAAAACUUGUGUAUCUUCAGCGGGGAAGCAUGGUGUUUUGCUAUGAUUUUGGGACGGGAAGAUCGGAACAAAUCCAGUACCAUGGAAAUGGAACUGGAACUGUCUCGGAAAACGACAGACUAGUUCCUUACUUCCAGCCACCUUGGCGCCCUUCUUUGCCUUGUUUACCUUAGUUUUCCAAGACUUGAACAUAAUGUACAUUCUAUUUAACCUUUUACAGUAUUGUUUAUUCAGAUUUCAAUUUUAUAA